AUGUCGAAAAAUCCAUCGAUCCUGCGUUCAAAAUCUGUUCCUUGCAGGAUAUCAGAAACUCAAAAUGUCAGAUCAACAAAUUCAGAUGACUCAUUGAAACCAUCAUGGCAUAAAAAAGUCGAUGAGGAAAGAAAGAGAGGAUCAUCGUCUUCAAAAAACUCGAGGAGUAAUAACCUCGAUGAAUUCAACAAAAGAACUGCAAUUCAAGAAGAAAAGAGGUACUCUGCAAGAAGUCCAUAUUACAAAGGACUUACUGAUUCAUCCAAAGAGAUUAAUCGACAAAAGUCGUUAGCAGGCAGUACUCCUGGGAAAGAUAGCAGCUUAUUAGCUUCUUCAACAAGUAACAGUUCUAAAUCAAAUUUAGCUAUCAAGGUACAAGAGUGGAGUGCGUCUUACUUUGUACGCAAAGGCAAAGAAGAACGAGCAUUCUCCUUCUUGAAUGUUUCUUCGGGGAACAAGAACAUCCGUGAUCCUUCUUCAUCAGAGACAAAAGUAAUCAGAACGACAAUCGGAGAAGAACUUGGUAUACAUUCAAAAGGAGUUAGAAGAAGAACCAAAAGUAGAAUUUCACAAUUAGAUCAGGGGAAGCCUUUGAGGGAGAGAGCAUCAGAAAUGCAAACAAAUAAUAUAGUACUACUACCUGCAGCCCCUGCCCCUGCACCUGCACGGCCAGUAACAUCACCGAUAAAAUUGUCAUUACCAUCUCCACCACCAACUCCAUUAAUAUUACAAACAUCGCAAGCUGAAGAAAUUGAAUCAGUACUACUACCAUUACCAGCUUCAUCAACUCAAAAUGUCGACGAUGAAAAAGAUACCACAAAUGUGAAAGAUAUGACAGUUCCUGAAAAACAGAUUGACAAAAGAUUUACAUGGGCUGACAAGUAUAGGCCUAAUGCUCUUAAAGAUUUUCUAUGCAAUCGAAAUAUUGCACUGGAAUUGAAGGCUCUGGCAGAAACAGAUGGUAGUAUUCGCCAUUUCAUAUUUGCAGGACUGCCAGGAGUAGGGAAAAGAACCAUGAUAUUUGCUCUACUUCGUAAAAUUUAUGGACAUGAUAAAGUACAGGCAAGAGAUAAGUGCAAGGUGUUCCACUUAAAGGGAGAAUCAGUUCCCAGCAUCAAAGUAAAUGUGAAGGAAUCGAACAAACAUCUUGAGAUAAAUCUCUCUGAAACUAAAGGCUAUGAGAAACAUGUCCUAGUACAACUAAUCAAGGAGAGAAAGCACAAAUCAUCCAGCAGAUCUGCACCUCCAAAUCCUGAAAACUGUAAAGCUAUCAUUCUUGGUGAGGCAGACAAGCUAUCAACAGACGCAUUGUUAUAUAUCAAAUGGAUGAUAGAGAGAUAUGAAGGUUGUUAUAAGGUUUUCUUUUGCUGCAGCGAUAGCACAAAGCUCCAGCCAAUCAAGUCUAUUUGCAAAGUUUUUCAUCUUCAAAAACCUUCAGAUGAUGAGAUUGUAGACGUCUUGAAAUUCAUAGCACAACAGGAAGGAAUAGAACUACCACACCAAAUGGCAGUGAGGAUUGCUAGUAACUCUAAAAGUAACCUACGCCAAGCAAUUCGCUCUUUUGAAGCUACCUGGCACUUCAACACUUCCUUGACUGAAAAUCAAGAAAUCAAGACAGGGUGGGAAGACGACAUUGCAAAGAUCGCUAAAAACAUAAUUAAAGAGCAAAGUCCAAAGCAGCUAUACGAUAUCCGUGGGAAAUUGCAGAAUUUGAUAGAGCACAAUGUAUCUGCUGAGUUCAUCUUUAAUACUGUGUUUGAAGAACUAAAGAGUAAUUUGGAUGACCAGUUCCACAAAGACAUGGACAUUCUGAAAAUGAAGUAUAAUAUAAAUUCAAAUGAUCACGAUCAGGGUAAAAGUGAUAACGAUGCAGUAAAAAAGAUUGUUCACAAAUUUAUGAAAAUUGAAGAGUUCACAGCUAAAUUCAUGAGCUGGUAUAAGAUUAUUGUUCUGAAGAAAGGAAAUCAGAACCCCAUCCUCAGCAAAGGGGAUAUAUAG